AUGGCCGAAGUCGCUGGGCUGCUUGUCGGUGUGGUUCCGUUGAUCAGCUGUUUCAAAGAUUGCGUUGAUUUGUUCUCUUACAUCUCGUUGGCUCGCUCUCUGGGUCGUGACUAUGAGUUACUCAACACGAAGCUAGACGUGGAAAAAUUACUUCUACUGCAAUGGUCCUCGAGGAUCCAGCUUUUUCAAUCUAGACCGGAUAAGCGUCUGGACGAUCCAUUGAUACAGGAGAUGAUUACGAAAGUGCUCAAGAGCAUCGCAAGACUUCUGAGUGACGGUAAAGACCUGAGAACGCGAUACGGUCUCAGAAAAGAAAGAGAUGACUUGGAGGAUGACGCCAAUAGUGACUCUGACGCGAAAUGCGAGUCUGACGAUGAUGAUGAGUUCAGAUCGGUCGCUGGAGCUCCCAAAGCUGUAAAUGGCCAAAGAAGACCUCCUCUUCCAAGCGACAGUAGACUAGACGUUUUCAUCGCUCAGUUCGACAGAUUGAAACUCCAAAAGCGCCGCAGGAUCGACCGCCAUACAGCUGAGAUCAAGAACUUGAAUCUCAAGCUUCAAGACUUGGAGACCCGGGAACGCUUAGAGCACGUCAGGCUGGAGAGAAAAAACCUCGAGGAGGUAGAACGUCUCAGGCGUGAAACCUUGAAAGCUCGAACGCGCCAGCAGGUGGAGAGAGUAGAACUCCAAAAGGUCGAAAGUCUUCAGCUUGAGAAGAUCUCACCUACACGCAGGAUCAGGUGGGCUGUUCAUGACAGGGACAAAUUCGAUAACCUGGUACAAGACUUGUCGUAUUUUAUCAGGAAGCUGAACGAAAUAGUCCCGGAUAACCAGCACUCAAUCGAGGAAAUGACCGCCGAAGACUUGGCUGAUCUGCCUGACUCGAGGGUAGAACUUGUUUUUCAAGUCUCGCGGAACAGGGCCACAACGAUGGCGACGGUAGCUAAGGAUGUUUUGACUCGGAAUUGUGAAAACCGCAUUCUACGGUCGCUCAAAUUCCGGUAUAUGGACGAUAGGAUGGAAAACAUCUCCACACCAUCAUCGAACACCUUUGAAUGGGCACUGCAACCGCGAGAAGCAGACGUCCAGUGGGACGAUCUGACAGAUUGGUUUCGGUCGGACGCCGGGAUUUACUGGAUAUCUGGAAAGGCCGGCUCAGGGAAGAGCGUCUUGAUGAAGUACAUUUGCAGUCAGGACCGGACCCAACAGUUACUUGGUACCUGGGCAUGCGACGCUCCUCUGACUGUAGCACAAUUCUUCUUCUGGGCUCUGGCUCCGACUGUGGAACAGAGGUCCCUUGGUGGGCUGUCAAGGGCCCUGCUUCAUCGAAUUCUUGAGGAGGACCGCUCAUUGAUCCCUCGACUCAUGCCGGGAAUGUGGGAGGAGGCAUAUGCCAAGGACAUUGCUACAGUCAGCCCACCAUCACCAGCGGAGAUGAAGAGCGCAUUCGAGAUCUUGGGACGCAUUCCCAACUACUCGCGCAAGUUUUGCUUUUUCAUCGAUGGACUGGACGAAUAUGACGGUAACCUCUCGGAAGGAAUUGCCUUUCUCAAGAAUCUUGCUUCGAAUCCGAGUGUCAAGUUAGUAGUGUCGAGCAGACCGCUCGCGUCCUGCGUGGAAGCAUUUUCGACUUGCCCGAUGCUUCAGAUGCAGGAUCUCACUGAGAGUGAUAUCAGUGCGUACGUCGAUGAGGCCAUUGCUACGCACCCACACAUGCUGAAUCUCCUGAAUCUUCACCCUUCAGGGACUCAGCAAAUCUUGAAGACCAUCGUCAACAAAUCUUCCGGCGUCUUUUUAUGGGUAGUUCUGGCAUGUCGGUCUAUCCGGGAAGGGCUCGAUGCGGCCGAUGACAUAUCUGAUCUCCGCCGUCGAUUAGACGAACUGCCACCGGAGCUCAGAGACUUGUUUGCGCACAUGCUAAGUAAUAUCCAUUCCAGGUACCGACUUCGGGCGGCCAAGUAUAUACGCGUGUUGUACGCGUGUAAAUCGAACCCAGACACGGAUGAACUCUCGAGCCUCGGCCUGGCCCUGAUGGAAGCUCAGGAAAUGGGCGCAUCUGAAUUCCACCCAAUGGAUGAUGUCUCAUUCGAGGACAAGAGGUGGAGAGUCCAGACUUUGGAAAAGAGAUUGAGCUGUUGUUGUGGACUUCUUGAAGUCCGAGUGAGCCGCAAUCACAGCAAGACGAGGUGCUUUUGCGAUCGCAAUCCAGAAAAUAGGCUGCUAGAUUCACAAAUCGAUUUCAUACAUCGGUCAGUCUACGAGUUCUUGAGCCUUCCCGGCACUCUCGAUCUCGAGGCACUGCAAGUUCGCGACGAGUCGUUUGACCCCAACGCCAUCCUAGCAUACAUGUCAGUCUAUCUUGCAGGCAUCAAGCUGAAAGAGCAUGGGGUAAUGACAACCCCAUAUCUUAGAGACGUUCUUAUGUAUGGCCUCCGGGUGCAAAAGUCAUCAAAUGAUAAACUGAGGUGUUUAAUGGAGGAGCUUGCAGAGACAUGGUUGAAGUCUUCGAUGUCUGAUAAUGCACCAUGGAACAUAGGCAGCGAAUCACAAACCAAAUCUUGGAUCAUGGACCACGAAUCCCAAGCCAACAAUAGCUGGGACAAUGCGAAGGCGACCGCAAAUCUUACCCUUUUGCUCUGCAUCGAAGCUGGUAUGACCGAUCUAAUCGAAGGCGACAGCCUGCUAGCUGAGCAACCCAGUUUCCGGCCUACCCGGUUUCCCUUGCUUUACCAUGCACUCUCAACGCCGCUGCUGAAAUAUCGGUGGAACCUCGAUCUACCGAUGCCGUUAAGCACCGUGCGCUUUCUUCUGUCGCGGGGAUAUGAUCCUAAUGAACUGUUGUGGGACGAACGCAUCGAAAAACAAAUUUCACCGUGGGAAUAUUACCUGGAGAUUCUGCAGAACCCACAAAAUCGGUCGACACUUCUGGCCAACGACCUGAUUGAAGAGUUCUUGCGAGCGGGUGCCAAUUGUGCUGAGUGGUGUGAGGCCGGACCAGGUGUCCCGAAUGCGAUGUUGACUAGCGUGAUGAGGCGAGCGUUCUGCCUUGAUGGCGGGAGACUUGCAGACGACGAGUCAAUCCUUUCAAGGGCCGAUUUGAGGACACUGCGGGACCGAGGCAACCAGCUUUUACGUGUCAUCAGACAACAUCAGUCCGAACAGAUUGGAAGACCUGACAAAAGCACUAGGCAGUGGCAGCAGCGUGCACGACCCCCGGCACAUCCUUCCCGCCUUCCUAAAAAACGACGAAAAGGGCCGUCUAGGAGCACUGAUGACUCAGAAAGCGAUACAGCAACAACAUCUUUCCCCAAAAUACCAGAGGUUCACCAGAAGAGGAAUUCGAAAAAGCAACGGUUUCAGAAGUAG